AUGUUGGGUCUUAGGAAGAGAAAGGGAAAGUCCUCUGAAGCAGAAGAGAGUUUCGGGGGUGACAGUAGUUCAUCCAGUUCAGAGUCUGAUUCCGAUUCUGAUUUGGCGGAAAGCAAAGGGCCCAAAAAAGUCUUCAAAGAGCAAACGCAUGAAUCUGAUGAUACUACAGCUCCCCCUGGGAGUCCUCAGAGGAGAAAGCAAAAAGAAAAAAAGUCUUCAAAGAACAAACGCCACGAUUCAGAUGAUGACCACAAGGGUUUAGAUGAGAGCCUUUUACAGGAGAAAUCAGGAGCUAAAGAAGCAUAUGACGCUGGAGCUCAGAAGAAUGGGGAAUCGGACUCAGAUGAUAAACAUAAUCCUCGUGAAAGCUUCAAGAGUAGGAGGCAGAGGGGUUAUGACCAGAGCAGGCAACAUGAUGAUUCGGAUGUUAAUUUGGAGAAAGGUGUGAGAAGUGGAACUGAGAAGGUGAUUCCACUACCUGAUAGUCCGAAGCACAGUCAUUAUGAUAAUAGUAGGAAACCCAGGAGUGAGAUACAAGAUAAAUUUGGUGAUAGGUAUGUUCAAGGAAGCGACAGUGACAGAGAAGAUAAAAUUGGUGACGGGUAUGGUCAAGGAAUCGACAUUGACAGACAAGUUAAAAUUGUCGACAGGUAUGGUCAAGGAAGUGGCAGUGAUUUUGAUGAAGCACCCAAAAGGGGAAGGGGACGACGUGAUGGAGAUAAGGAUGAUCUAAAUAGAAACAGUAGGAGGGAUGAUCGCUAUAAGACUGAUGAUGGCAUCGAAAGAAGUAGAGGUAAUGCAAGGAAUCAAGAUAGAGUUGAAGAAGCCAUGCCAUUUAUGAAGAAAAAAAUCAGUCAUGGUGAUGAUUCGGGUUCCAGAGGCAGAAAGAAGGAGCUUGCAUGUGACGUUACUGAUGGCCCAAAGGAUAACGAUGAAGGUUACCGGAGAAGCAGAAAAGAAAGAGUGGAUGAUGAAGAUAACCAUGGAAGAAAUCACGAAAGAGAAAGAGGGGAUGCUGAAGGUGGCUUUGGAAGAAGGCAUGAAAGAGAGAGAGGAGGGGAUGAUGAAGAUCGCCAUGGAAGAAAGCAUGAAAAAGAGAGAGAUGAUGGUGGAGAUCGCGAUGUUAGACGUCAUGGAGAUAGAGAGCCAUACAAGAGGGAUCGUGAGCAUCAACGAGAAGAGGAGCACACAAGUAAGAAAGACGAGAGGGGCAGGGAACACAUUUCGAAGAGGGCUAGGUAUGAUGAGGGACGUUCUAGUGGAGGGACAUACACUGAGGAGGACAGGAGUGAUGAUAGGCGGUCCAGACGCCGGCGAUAAACUAAUGGGGGUGCUGCUUUCUUGAAGUUUGGUGAUUUGUGAUAUGCGCUUUGCUUGUGUCGCUACGUAAUGCGUUCUGCAAUAUGAAUUCUCAUCUUUGACAAUGUCUUGAUUCCUUCUGGUUGUCUAUAUCCGAAAAUCCUUAAACCUUGAGCUCAA